UGGCAUUUUCUUGUCUGGUCCCAUUAAUAUCGGCAGGGACAUUCCCUCGAACACAGUCGCAGUGCCUUACCUCGAUGGCAUCCAUCUUGAUAGCACUUUCCCUAUAUGACGCGUCUUGUAGCGGGCACCGGGGAUAUAUAGGCGAGUCAGGAAGUGCCAGCAUACCAACUGCACAGUAACUGCUCGUACUUACAAGCCUCAGAGCCGCCUUCCUUCACUCUCUUCUUAUAACAGAGCUUCCAUCGGCGACGAUACCUUGAACUCUACCGCCCGCUCACUUAUUUUCUUCCUACCCAUUCGUUCUUUCAACCCUACUUGCAAGCCAAGAUGAUGUUCCUUUUCCGCUCGAUGUUCAUCACCGCCAUCUCAGCGUUCGUAAUGGCGCUCUUCUUGUUCUCGAUGUCUGCUUCUGCUAUGCCGCAAUUCGGUCGUCCUUUGCUGCAUGCAUUGGAUGCCGUCACAACAUCUUCUGGGCCCUUUGAGGCGGUUCCCACAUCAACAACUGCCAGCACGGGCACAGACCCGGAUCCUGAUCCUCAGGUCAUUCAAGCAGUCUCAUCUCCAUCCGUAUGUAUUUAUCAUUUUUCUUGUUGUGACCGUGAUAUUGAUGCUGCAUGUCAUUUCAGGCGUCGAGUGCAGCUACAACAACGCCAGCCGCUGGCAGUACCAGUACGAACGGCGCGUCGAGUACAGCUACGACGGCGCCAACUGCUGGCAGUACUAGUACUAACGGCGCGUCGAGGAGUCUGUGUGGUGGUAUGAGCGUUAUGCUAGGUGUUGUUGUGAGCGGGGUAUGGUUGGUGCUCUGAGCUGCGCAACUCCCUUACUUUACUUGGUACUUGCUGUAUCCAUUUAUUUCUCCU